UGAACAUGUACCAAAAUGCUUACAUCUAAAGGGAACAAAUGCUUUAAACAGUGCCAUCACCAGGCAUCUCCUCGACAAGGGUCAUGAGGUGGACGUCGAAAAGUCGUUCAAAAUUGUCAGUAGGCAAAAGAGCUCAAUUGUCCCUAAGUUUGCUGAAGCCAUUUCCAUCAAGCGCCUGAAACCUGAUUUAUGCGUCCAGAAAGAAGCGGUUAUCAGUCUUUCUUUGCCCUGAGUCGCUAAUGCCAUACAAUAUGAAACCAAAGAAGACAUCCUCGGCUGCAUUCAGAUUGAAGAAGGCUUCCGUAUCUCCGCAUGCACAAGACGAUGUGAAUGUGGACUUGACAAGGAGAUUUAGAACAUUGAAAGUGCGAGACGUGUCUGUGGAACCUAUCAGUCGAAUAUGCCCAUUAAGGAAGACAGAUAGGAGUGUUCAGAUGGCAGUGAGCGGUGAUAAUACCAGAUUCUCCGAGAUUUCAAAAUACAUUGACGAUGAGUCAUCAUUCACUUCCCAAGGAUCAUCUCCAAUCUAUCCUUCGCAGUGUAAAUUAGUGUCAAGUAGAUAAUAAGAAUCAUUCUCAAUUCCAAUGAGUUGAUAAAUAAACAAUGUUGAGGUGGACGUCUACAUUCACACUAGUGCAAUGUGAGUCGGCUAUCUGAUUCAUUUGUCCUGCAACACGAAAUUGGUGAACACUUAUUUUCAACCGC